AUGAAGAGCCGUGUGCCCCUUGAGACCUGCCAGUUAAGUAUUGCAACUCUUGGGCUCUGUCUGAUGGAGCUGCUGAAGGGAUUGCCAUGGCGUCGUGCUUUCCUGGCCGUCAUCCUGAACCUGCUGGCUCUCAGCCUCUCCACCACUGCCUUGCUGGGCAGCUACUGGUGCACCGGGACCCAGAAAGUGCCCAAGCCUUUGUGUGGAAAGAGCAAAGCCACCAAGUGCAUCGGUGUCCCCAUGCCGCCUGACGCAGGUGCUGGCAACAUUUCAGCUCAGGAAGAGGUGCACUACAGCUGGGAGACCGGGGAUGACCGCUUUGCCUUCAGAUACUUCCACACGGGAAUGUGGCUUUCCUGUGAAGAGAGCAUGGAAGGGCCAGAAGAGAAAUGCCGUAGCUUUAUUGAGCUUUCACCACCUGCAGAGAGAGGAAUCCUGUGGCUGUCAUUGGGAUCAGAGAUGCUGUACAUCAGCUUACUGCUCAUCAGCUUCAUCCUCCUGAUGGUGGAAAUGCUGCACACUGGCAAUCCUAUUUGUGGGCUGAAGCUCAACGCCUUUGCUGCUGUCUCCUCAGUGCUGUCAGGUCUCCUUGGGAUGGUGGCACACAUGAUGUACACUCAAGUCUUCCAGGCAACAGUUAAUCUGGGACCAGAGGACUGGAGACCGCACACGUGGGAUUACGGCUGGGCUUUCUACAUGGCUUGGGCCUCCUUCACCUGCUGCAUGGCCUCUGCUGUCACCACCCUCAACACCUACACCAAGACAGUGCUGGAGUUCAAAAGGAACCACAUCAAGGGCUAUGAUGGGAGCUUCAAGGAUCAACCUCAGCACCACCAGUGCUUCAUACAGCAGCAAAUAAGCAGCUACUAUGAGCCCCAAGCUAAGUCCCUCCUUUCCGUCUCUGAGGGAGUUGACUUCUACUCUGAGCUGCAGCAAAAAGUGCUACAGCGGGAACCAGAGCUGGAACUGGAUGAGGUCUUGGGACAGACGAUCGGGGAGGAUCACUGUUAG